GUUGUGUUUGCGGUUCUGACUCCCAUGCGGUGCAGCCCAGCAGCCACAAAAUCCCCUCUGCCAUCGCGCCUAGUCCUCCCGCCGCCCCAGCCGCUGUCCAAACUCUCCGCCUGGGUUUGCGCAGCGGCUCACACACCCCUCGGCCCGUGUACGUGCUUUGCACCUGUCUGCCUGAAAACAUGUUGCAGGAACCCCAGAGCGGGGGUCUCCCAGUCCCUCAGGCCGAGGGGGAGAAGGAUGGCGGCCAUGAAGGUGAGACCCAGGCCCUGACGGUCUCGCAGGAGGCUCUGAGGCCCCUCCUGCAGGAGAGCACCAAGGAGGACCUUGCCGCUGUGAGGGAGGAGGGGGCUGCGGCGUCCGCCCCCACCCGGAAAGGUGCGAGGGCCUCGGCAGCCAAAGCCUUGACACGGCGCAGGGCCUCCCGCCGUCUGAAUCGAACGGUGGCCGAGAUGGUGCAGUUCCUCCUGGUGAAAGACAAGAAGAAGAGUCCUAUCACACGCUUCGAGGUGGUGAAAUACGUUAUCGGAGACCUGAAGGAUUUGUUCCCAGAGAUCAUCGCAGGGGCCGCAGAGCAUCUGCGGUAUGUCUUUGGUUUCGAGCUGAAACAGCUUGACCGCAAGCACCACACUUACAUCCUCAUCAACAAGCUAAAACCUCUUGAGGAGGAGGAGGAGGAAGAUCUGGGAGAUGGCCCCAGAUUGGGUCUCUUAAUGAUGAUUUUGGGCCUUAUCUACAUGAAAGGUAAUAGCGCCAGGGAGGCCCAGGUAUGGGAGAUGCUGCGUCGGUUGGGGGUGCAUCCCUCAAAGUAUCACUUCCUCUUUGGGUACCCGAAGAGGCUUAUUAUGGAAGAUUUUGUGCAGCUGCGAUACCUGAAUUACAGGCGAGUGCCUUCCACCAGUCCACCAGAAUAUGAAUUCUCUUGGGGUCCCCGAAGCAACCUGGAAAUCAGCAAGAUGAAAGUCCUGGGGUUCGUGGCCAAGCUUCAUAAGAAAGAACCCCAGCACUGGCCAGCGCAGUACCGUGAGGCCCUGGCGGAUGAGGCCGACAGGGCCAGAGCUGAGGCCAGUAUGAGGGCUAGGACCAGGGGCAGGGCCAGGGCCAGUGCUAGAGCCAGCCUCCGCCGCUGGUGAGGGAUGGUGGAAAGGUGGCCAGCGCGACCCCGUGGGUAUGGAAGCUACUGUCUUGAGUCUUAUGUAGUACAGCGAGGGUCGUUAUUUCUGUAGAAAUUGUGUAACUUUAGGAUUUAGGUUUUGUAUAUUGUUACGUUUUGUCACAUUUAAUAUACUGUUAAAUUGCUGUUUAUAAAUUGUAUUGCUCUACUUUUUUCUGUAGGAUUUUGUUAUAGUGUUGCUGGUUUUGUAAAUGGAUUGAAAAACUUUGCAUUUUAUUCUGUGAUCUUGAACAGGUUAUGCAGGACUGUAAAUGUUUUGAAGGAACUCAGCAGUAUGGUGAUCUGGUAGCAGGAAAAAAAAUAGCUAAUUGGUGUCUAGCCUCCCAACACUUUUUGUCUAUUGUAUUAAAAGAAAAAAAACCUGACUGACAUGUACCUGUGUUUGCUUAGUUAUUAUAUCUAGAGAAAAAGUGCAAUAAAUUAGAAGUAUAUCCUGGUACACUUAAUAAAUUAAGCAUUUGUCGA